AUGUCCGUAGGCAACAACAACAAGCUGGCUCUCAUCGGUCCAUAUUCUCCACCUUUCGUCGUGGCCUCCCUCAAGUACGGGACCCCUUACUUCAUCGUGAGAAACCCGCUCGUGAAGAGCGACCCCUUACAAAACCCACAAAACUCGCCAACAUUGAAGGCAUCCCAACAUCGCCAACCUCAGCAAGACCAACAACAGCGAUUGAAAGUGCAACGAUAUUUACAAACCCAGCAGGUGUACGAGAGCCACAGCAAGGCGUACAACUUAAUCUCGACGAGACCGAAUACACGUGGACUCUCGCUCUUCCUCAUUGAUCUACUCAACCACUUCCGCUGGUUCCACGUGGCUCUGCUGUACGUCGCCGACACAGGUUCACACUUGCAGUCCUAUAUUAAAAGUGACGUGAUGAAGUUUGAUGGAUCGAAUGAUCUUUCCUUCUUAUUAAUACUCCAGCCGUGA